AUGCCGGCACUCAACCUCCCCAAACCUGUGAACUCGUACGCAGGAGAGGAUGAGCUCCGGAAACAAAACGGUGCGGCAGCGGCCGGCGCCGAGGAGGACAUCGGUGAAUACCGUCCUCCUCGUCACAGCGACAAGUUCAAGGUCGGCCUGAUCUACCCUCCACCGGAGAUGAGGAGUGAGUUGAGAAUGCGUGCGUUUAGACUGACGCCCGCAGGGAUUAUCGACAAGACUGCUCUUGCUGUGUCGCAAACGGGCAAUCCCGACGCUCUCGAGGGCAAGAUUCGCGAGUCGCAGGCGAGCGACCCUCGAUUCUCCUUCUUGGCCGACGAAGACCCGUACCACCAGUACUACAAGUGGAAGAAGGCUGUCUGUGUCGAGGACGCCGAGGACGUUGCGAAGGGAUUGAAGCCGGCGGUCAGCACACCUGGUGGUUCGGCUACGCCGGCGCCGAGAGAUCAGACUGAGGACUUGGAGCCCAUUCCCGAGCCCAAGUCAUGGGAGUUCAAGGUCGACCUGCCCGGCGUCACCGCUCAGGACCUCGACAUCCUGCGGUUGACGGCUCUGUUCCACGCCCGACGUGGCCGUUCUUUCCUUACAGCGCUGUCUGUUCGUGAGGGACGUAAUUAUCAGUUCGAUUUCCUGCGACCAACCCACUCGCUCUACGGCUAUUACAACCGCAUGGUGGAGUCGUACCAGAAGGUCAUGCACCCUCCUGAGGGACAGGUCGCCGGUCUUAUCGCUCAGGACGCGAACCCGCGGGCCAAAUGGGACACUCUGGAGGAGGCGAAGGGACGGGCGGCUUGGGAGCAGCGAAAGCGUAGGCGUGAGGACGACAAGGCCAAGGAGCGCGAUGAAGAGGCCAAGGAGUUCGCGGAGAUCGACUGGCAGGACUUCGUCACGGUUGAGACGAUCGAGUUCACCCAGGCCGACAUGGACCUCGACCUGCCGCCGCCGAGCAGCAUCGAUAAACUCCGCCAGAUGAGCAUGGCGGAGAAGCGCAUGGCCGCCAUGAUUAUGGAGGAGCCGGCUGCGCAGGCUCCCGCCGCCGCUGCUGGGGAGGAGGACAUUGAGGAGGUCGACAUGGAGGAGGACGACGAUGACGAGGCCGAGGAAGCGCGCAACGCUCGCCUGGUCGCAGAGCGCGAGCAGGCCCGUGCCCGCGACGUUCAGCGUGCUACUCUCCAGUCCCGCGGUGUCAAGAUCAGGAAGGACUACGUACCUAAGGGUAUCCAGCGCGGUGGGCCUGUAGCUACCGCGCAGUGUCCCUACUGUGGACAGUCUAUUCCGGAGAACGAGCUUUCAGAGCACAUCCGUAUCGAGCUGCUCGACCCGCGGUGGAAGGACCAGAAGCGCGAACUCGAGCAGCGUCGUCAGCAGCAGGCCCAGCUGCAGGUCGGAGCGGACGUUUCCAAGUCGCUCAAGAACCUCGCUGCCGCCCGUACGGAUAUGUUCGGCGACGAGGAGGACGAGGCAGCGCGCAAGAAGCGCGAGGAAGAGGCGCUCAAGCGCAAGCGCGACCGCGAGAAGGUCGUGUGGGACGGUCACACGAACUCCGCCGCCAAGGUUUCGGACACCUUCCAGUCGCGAUACGGUGCUGAGGACGCUGCGCGCCGCGAGCGCGAGCGACGUGGUAUCAGUGACACGCCAAUCAACACUGUCGGUCCUCAGGUCGGGCCCGGUAUCGCGAAGCAGAAGGCCGGCCAGUCGAAGGACAGCGGUAAGAGCGCCCCGACGCGUGCAGCGCCAGACGACGACGAUGCGCCGCAGCCGCGGUUGAAGAAGUCGCGCGUCGAUAAGCUGCCGAACGGGCAGCUGUACAGCGAGAUUGACUGGAUGUCUCUGCACCCUGAGCCUAUCGCGCUUCAGGUGCAACUGCCGUCGAUGGCGGAUAAGCCGGAGUGGAAGCUUGACGGGCGCACAAUCAUCGUGCCCGACCUUCCAGUUAAUCUGACGUUCGGCAAUCUGCGUGACCGUAUCAAGCGGGCGGUCGACGCCGAUCUGCCUGUCUCGCGCCUGCGCCUGGAUUACAAUGGCAAGGUCAUGAACAAUGCGAGCUCCCUCGCGAGCGUCAAUCUGGAUGAGGGCGACGUUGUCGUCCUCAGCGUGAGGAAGAAGUAG